UCACGGACAGCAGCAGCGGACUUGGGCUGAGGUUCCCGGGCGGGCGGGCGCGGAGAGACGCGGGAAGCAGGGGCUGGGCGGGGGUCGCGGCGCCGCAGCCAGCGCAGCCAACCCGAGGGGCCGCCGCCGCCGCCCAGCGCGCUCCGGGGCCGCCGGCCGCCGCCAGCACCCGCCGCGCCGCAGCUCCGGGACCGGCCCCGGCCGCCGUCGCCGCGAUGGGCAACGCCGCAGCCGCCAAGAAGGGCAGCGAGCAGGAGAGCGUGAAAGAGUUCUUAGCCAAAGCCAAAGAAGAUUUUCUUAAAAAAUGGGAAAAUCCUGCUCAGAAUACAGCCCAUUUGGAUCAGUUUGAACGAAUCAAGACCCUCGGCACGGGCUCCUUUGGGCGGGUGAUGCUGGUAAAGCACAAGGAGACCGGGAACCACUUUGCCAUGAAGAUCCUCGACAAACAGAAGGUGGUGAAGCUGAAACAGAUUGAGCACACCCUGAACGAAAAGCGCAUCCUGCAAGCGGUCAACUUUCCGUUCCUCGUCAAACUCGAGUUCUCCUUCAAGGACAACUCGAACUUAUACAUGGUCAUGGAGUACGUGCCUGGCGGGGAGAUGUUCUCACACCUGCGGCGGAUUGGAAGGUUCAGUGAACCUCACGCGCGCUUUUAUGCGGCCCAGAUCGUCCUGACCUUCGAGUACCUGCACUCACUUGACCUCAUCUACCGGGACCUGAAGCCGGAGAACCUCCUCAUUGACCAGCAGGGCUACAUUCAGGUGACAGACUUCGGUUUUGCCAAGCGUGUAAAAGGCCGCACCUGGACCUUAUGCGGGACCCCUGAGUACCUGGCCCCGGAGAUCAUCCUGAGCAAAGGCUACAACAAGGCCGUGGACUGGUGGGCCCUAGGGGUUCUCAUCUACGAGAUGGCCGCUGGCUACCCGCCUUUCUUCGCUGACCAGCCCAUCCAGAUCUAUGAGAAGAUUGUCUCUGGGAAGGUGCGGUUCCCAUCCCACUUCAGCUCCGACCUGAAGGAUCUGCUGCGGAACCUACUGCAGGUGGACCUCACCAAACGCUUUGGGAACCUCAAGAAUGGAGUCAACGAUAUCAAGAACCACAAAUGGUUUGCCACAACUGACUGGAUCGCCAUCUACCAGAGGAAGGUGGAAGCUCCCUUCAUACCAAAGUUUAAAGGCCCUGGGGACACGAGUAAUUUCGACGACUAUGAGGAGGAAGAGAUCCGAGUCUCCAUCAAUGAGAAGUGUGGCAAGGAGUUUACUGAGUUUUAGGGGUGUGCCUAUGCCCCCAUGGGUUUUCUUUCUUUCUUUCUUUCUUCUUCUUUUUUUUUUUUUUUUUUUUUUUUUUGGUGGGGGGUGGGUGGGAGGGUUGGAUUGAACAGCCAGAGGGCCCCAGAGUUCCUUGCAUCUAAUUUCACCCCCACCCCACCCUCCAGGGUAGGGGGGAGCAGGAAGCCCAGAUACAUGGAGGGAUGGAAACACCAGCUGCUCCCCCUCAUUCCCUCACCCUCCUGCUCCCACCCCCAGACCCAACUGCUUUUGCCUUCCUCCUCCCCUAAAGCCCCCCCCCCCCCCGCCGCCCCCAACCAGCCUACUUCUGCCUGUUUUAAAUGAGUUUCUGAGUUCCAGUCAGACCACGUCUUGCUGGUGUAUUCAGGGACAGGGUGUGCAAAGAGAGGCCCAAACUUAACUCCAUCCCCAUUCCCCCAAACCACAGGCAUCGCCAACUAAUGAAGGAAAGGCCAGCCUUCUCUUCAGAGCAAUGGUGACUGGAGAGGAGAGAUUUUAGUGACCUGUUCAGUGGGCUGCUUGCUAGAAUUUAAAAAAAAAAAAAAAAAAAAAUUUGUAUACUCUUAUUUAAGUUCCACCAGUGCCUCCCUCCCUCCUUCCUCUACCCUUACCCCUUCCAUGCCCCCCACUUCCCAAAUCCAUUUUAACUAGGCUGAGAAGCAGACUGAAUUUGUAAAGGAAGGAGCUGGGGUUCAAACCUCCGCCCCAAGCUGCUAAUCUCCUCUGCUCCUCUGCCCACUCCCCCCACCUUGGGGGGGGUCCCCUGCCAAGCCCCUGGAAGGGUCUCAGCCCCUUUAGGAAGCCCCUAUCCCCUUCUGCCCCAACAGACCUUUCUUCACCCUUGGGCUUCGGGACCGAGACAAAGCAGCUGCCCCUCUCCCUGCCAAAGAGGAGUUGCCCCCCAAAAAGAUAGAAGGGGAGCCCCAACCCCAGGGUCUUUCCUCCCACCAGCAAUCGCCCCAAACUCCUGAAUUUUAUUCUCAGCUAGAUUUUAAUGCCCAGCCUCCUCUCAGCUCAGUUGGGAAGGCAACCCCAGCAAAAGAAGGCAAAGCCCUCCUCCCUCUUGUGGCCCAGGGUUCAAGGCCAGGGUUGCUGGGGAGCGGCUGCCGGUUUUAUUCACCUAGCAGCCUCCGCCCCCCCUCCCCCCAACCUGGGCGCUCCUCCUCUGCGUAGCUGUCAGCUGUCCAUCACUCCUCCCCCCCCCCAUUUGUGCUUUUUUCUCUCUCAACAGAAAAGUGGGGAGCCCCUGGGGAACCACCCCAUUCAUCCCCAUAUCUGUCUCUCAUAACUUCUCCCCAACCAGGAGGAGCUCUCAGGCCUAGGGUGGGGCCCCGGGUGGGCGCGGGGGCGAUUCAACCUGUGUGCUGCGAAGGACGCGACUUCCUCUUGAACAGUGUGCUGUUGUAAACAUAUUUGAAAACUAUUACCAAUAAAGUUUUGUUUAAAAAAAAA